AUGCGUGGUCAUGGUACCUCGGUAAUGCCGAUAACAGCUGGGUGUCGGAAAGAUAUUGAACGUUUACUGAAGAUGUACAAAGAGAGAGAAACACUUCGAUAUAAACCGUUCAUUGAAUUGUUCAAUAGGACAAAAUUCGCGACAAUAUUUAUGGGUCGUAUGAGUCCUGCUGAGCUCUAUGAAUUCAGUGAAAAAUUGCUUCAAAUAACAAUUUCAUAUGCCAUGUCAUAUCGUGAACGAAAACCGGCCGAGUACGCCGAAGAAUCAACAGCAGAUAAUGAGCCUCUAUCGUUGUCAGAUAUACGAUUCAGUAAUGAAAUGACUUUACAGGAACGAAUGUUUGGCAUAUACUUAACGUACGCGCUAUAUUUUGUACAACCAGAAAGUUACAUAGCACAGGUGCGAGUUACACCUGAUCAAAUGUCCGAUUUGAUCGAUUUUGUCAAUGAGCGUUUGAUUCCAGAACGUCAUAUCGAUGCAUUUGCUGCUCUGUUCAAGCUUAUCAAUGGAGGAGCAUUUCGCGUAUAUGCUUUUGAAAAAGAACAUAAUCCAUUGUUGCAUCGACGCUUUGAUCUGAUGGAAUUAGAUGAAGGUGGUUUGGAUGAAGCAGAAAUACAGGAGCAUAGUUUUCUGAAAGCACUCGGUGAUGAUAUUGUACUUACACAGGCAGAUAUCAUUUGUAAACGAUAUCUUGCUGCGAAAAAAAAGGCCAAUCUUCCCCCUGAUCUAAACAUAAACUUAGUUCAAACAACAGUACUGGAAAUUUAUAAUGACAUUUUAAAAAGCACGACAGCGGAAAUAGAAGCAAAUUCAUCACCGAAAAAAACGCCUCGUCAAAAUUCGGGUCGCUUUCGUUCAGCACUUAAAGAGAAAGCUUAUAAAUCACAUAUCGUUCACGCUCGACAUCGACGAUAUCUUGUGGAUCCGUCAGUUUGUUCAACAAACAGUGAGACAGAACAAGUGAAAAAUAUGAUGUUGAAAACGUUGAAAUGUUAUUCAGCAGAUGGAUCCGAAAAACGUAUGAAGGGUGAGGACAUAAGUGAUGUUUUAUCACUUUCUGGAGAGAAACAACUAAAUGAAAGCGGGUCAUCUAGUGGAACAAUUGGAUCAAAUAAAAAGUUGGGCAAACCACCGAAAGUAACGAAGAAAGAAGCGGGCGGAAGAAAAAGAGGAAGAAAUAAACUGAGUAUUUCGGAAAUGUCACUUGCUGAAUUAACUCAAAAUCUUGGGGAAGGAGCUGCAACUUUGACUCAAGAAGAAAGAGAAAUCGAGAACUCAAAGAAAGAACGGAUUGCUGACCGUCUGUUGGAAAAAAUCCAGAAAGCUCAAGAGAAAAAUGAGUGA